UUCUCUCGGUCRACUCCUUCRUGUAUUUCAUGAUCAGAGCAAACAGGAUAAAUAAACUGCAGUAUUGGACASGAGUUUCUCUCAACCUCUAGCAGAGUAAAUAAAUCCAGAUCAUUUCAGAACCAGGUCAGUUUGGACCUGGCCGUUUCAAACGUUUCUUCACUGAGGGGAUUCCUGAACUCGGGGGAGUGUUGAGAAAUCCUGCUGCUGAUAAACGAGCUGAGCGUUGCAGAGCUGGAGCAGAUGAGGAGGAGAAACUCUGACCAGAACAGCAUGAAGCUGUGUCUGGUUUCUACAUUAGCGCUGUCACUUACUCUGCUGUCACCAGUUUGCUGUCAGCAGAGAGUAAACUGUAGAUGGGGACCUUAUGGAGGCUGGUCUGAGUGCGACGGCUGCUCCCGUACAAAGGUGCGGACUCGUCAUGUGGAGGCGUACGCUCAGUUUGGAGGGGCGCCAUGUUCAGGAGACGCCACCGAGACGCAGGCAUGCGUCCCACAGAAGACGUGUCCCCUGGAAACAGGGUGUGGCAGCAGGUUCCGCUGCACCUCUGGUCAGUGUAUCAGCCGAUCUCUGGUUUGUAACGGAGACCAAGACUGUGAGGACGGUCUGGACGAGCGAAGCUGUGGUCAGGACAACAGCCAGUACUCCUGUGAUCUUAUCAAAACGCCUCCAAACGCCGACCUCACCGGCAAAGGAUUCGACGUUCUGACGGGGAAGCUGAAAGCUGGUGUGAUCAACACGUUUAGCUUCGGAGGACAGUGCCGGAAAGUCUUCAGUGGGAGCCACAAAGUGAUGUACAGACUGCCACAGAACAUCCUCAGGUUCAACUUUGAGGUCCAUGUGGACAACGAGGAAAGUGACGAGUCCUAUGAGAGCGCCUGGUCCUACGCUCAGCACAUCCAGUCCAACGCCUGGUUCGGACAUGACCGUCGGACGUUCCACAAAGAAGCCACAGACAAUAAGGCUUACAGACUUCUAGUCCUGAAGAACAGAGUGGAGUUGGCCCAGUUUCAGAACUCUGCCCCCCAGUAUCUGACUCUCUCUGCAGACUUCUGGAAGGCCUUGUCCUCGCUGCCGCUGACCUACGACUACUCCGCCUACCGCCAGGUGCUGCAGACCUACGGCACACACUACAUGUCUGAGGGGUCACUUGGCGGCGAAUACCAAGGCUUGUUGGAGUUUGACUUUGAGGCCCACACUUCCCACAGUAAGGACACRACGAGUGAAUGUUGUUACAGGAUAACAAAUUUAGAAGGAGAACAUGGUUGUCCAUGACCCAAUGUUCAAAACUCAAACACUCCAAAGGGGUUAAGGUCAACAAUUAAUGGUWUAGUCMAAUAAAUCACCACACAGAUUUGACCGUGGCUUAAUCUAUGACCAAAGUACCAAGCUAAGAAAAGGUUAAGACUAAUGACAGACUUUCAGACUAGCUGUCAAUGUAUUGUCUAAUUCCAGGGGACAAAAGUCUAAUCCAAGCUGGUGAGGUUCAUACAGG